AUGACUUUCGUGAGAAGAGCAGAAACGAUUUCACCCCAGGAAAAGGCGUUUCUAAGAAAAAAGCAAGUUGUAACAGCCAAUGCCUUAUCAGCACUUUUUGAGCGCCUCGCUAUACCCGGCUUGAAGUAUAAGGAUGUGCUCAACAGCUCAGUACCCCAAAUUGCAAUAGCUGUUUCUGGGGGAGGUUAUCGAUCUAUGUUGGUGGGGGCUGGAGUCCUAGCUGCCUUUGAUAACAGAACAGUGAAUUCUACGCGAGGCUCGGGCCUAGGUGGCAUUCUACAGGCUUCGACGUAUUUAGCAGGAAUUUCAGGCGGUAGUUGGCUAGUGUCUUCGUUGAUGAUGUACGACUUUGCUUCAGUUGUAAAGCUUCGAGACAUGGAUUCGUGGCUACUCAACGAGCCUUUACUUGAGGGAGUGCCAAACUUUGAGGUAGAAAUAUCCGGCACCAACAUCAUGAAUCUGAAGUCUCCCGUUGCCGAUUCAGGAACCAUGGACAAAGGUGAUACAAAGUCAGACACAAAAGCACAGUCUUCGCUAGCGGGCAUAAUGAACAAGCUUUUGAAAGAACAGGAUUCUGAUAGCAACACCGAUAUCCAGAAGUCAAUUUUGCGGUACUACAAGGAGAUAAUGGCUGAGGUUAGACCCAAAAAGCACGCUGGAUACAAGGUAUCGUUGACUGAUUACUGGGGAGCAGCACUGGCAAAGAAGAUCUUUCCUCGCUCACCACAGACUGUGGGUAGAACCUUCUCCGGAAUAUCAAGAAUGGAAUCUUUCAAGCAAGGAGGUGCCCCACUUCCAAUACUAGUUUCUAAUUGCAAAAACGGAGCCGCCAACAGUGCUAGUUUGGACUCCAUGCUCAUGGAGUUUAAUCCAUACGAGUUCGGGUCUUGGGAGCCAUAUCUCAACGCAUUCUCUCGUCUUAGUUAUCUGGGAACAGAAUUAUACAACGGAAAAUUAUCAUCUUCUGAAAACAGCACAGGCCAGAGGAUAUGCUAUUCGGGUUUCGACAACGCUGGGUUUGUGACGGGAACUUCAUCUUCCUUAUUCAACAGUGUGCUUCUCUAUCUGUGGCAGAUUGCUUCCUCAUCCGAAGAAGAGACAUUCAUGGCAAUCAAAGACAUACUAAGCGUUUUCAGCCUUUCUGGGGAUGGUAAACCGGGGAAGUCUGAUUAUGCUCUCUAUGAGCCAAACCCAUUCUUAGGAUUAUCUCACAUCAACCAAACAUCUUCUAUUGUCGGCGACAAGACUCUUAAGCUUGUUGAUGGAGGAGAAGAUGGCCAAAACAUACCUUUCUUUCCCUUCACCCAGAGUUCACGAGAGGUUGACGUGAUAUUUGCGGUUGAUUCUAGUAACGACUCAGAAAACUGGCCGAAUGGAACCUCUUUAAUCAAACCUUCGAAGAGGUACAACUCAAGAAACAAGACAUGGGAGUUUACUACAAUGAAAAUUCCAAAUAAAAAAACAAACAGGAUGUUGGAGUAUACCACAUUCCCGUUGAGUCCAUCCUAUAAGGAGAUGAGCGAUAAAGGUUACAACAAAAAGCCUGUAUUCUUUGGAUGCAAUAUUACAGGCGGAUACACUUUGUUGAGCAACGCAUCAUUGACAGCAAAUAGUACCAGUUCCUAUGAAGAAGAGGAUGUCUGGCUUUCCCCUCUGAUUGUUUACUUGAGCAAUACUGAUCUCUCCUAUGCCUCCAAUACUUCCACGUUCAAACUCACCUACACACAUGAUGAAAUGUCCAAGAUGAUCACUAACGGCUAUAAUGUCGCAACCCAGUCCAAUUCUUCAUACUUUUCACAAUGUGUCGGAUGUGCUGUGAUGAAACGUUCCUUUGACCGUGAAACCAUCAAGCAAGGGCUAUUGUUCGAACGUCAUCAGCCGCACAUUCCUGAAGUUUGUUCGAAGUGCUUCAAAGAGCUCUGUUACAACUGA